AUGCCGCCGAAUAACAAGAAGAAGAAGAAGCCAGCUUCCAACCCCGCUCGUGGCUUUGCAACUGUCUCUAUUCCAUCUAAACCGAAGUCAGAGGUUAUUGAAACACCUCCAUCAACUGUUACAGAAGCCCUAUCCACCCCGCAGAACGAAUCGCUGCCCGAGCGCACAGAAGAUCUCCCACCAGCUGCGGGCACGUCACAAGCUGAUACCUCAUCACAAAACUACACCCCGGAGGAAAUUGAAAAGCACUUGGAAGAGGCGGAGCUACAAAUCUUUGUUGAAAAGUACGCCGCCAAAUGCAAGGGCGAUGCUGCGCGUCAAGCUACAAAGCUGGAUACCGAGCGGCGGGUCCUUCGACAACAGUCAAACACAUUGAAUCUCACUGAAUGGCUGCCGGCAGAGAUUCAAGACAGAAUCUUUGAAUUGUCUGGUGCGGAAGAAUACGAAUACAUCACGUCGAAUACUCGAAGCGCCAAUCUCAAACAGGCAAUCUCAGAGGAAGAACUUUGCAUAAAGCUCUGGACAUUGAAAGAGACGCUCCUCAAGCUCGGCUUCUCGGGAGACCAGGUUGAGGGCGCGUUGAAACACAUCCUUUUGUACUUUGUAGGUAACCCUACGGUAGUCAGUCGAGAGGUUGUAUGGAACCUCGAUGAGUCGCUGGAAUGGUUGGCGAUGCAUAGUGAUAAGAAGGAUCUUCCUUCUUAUACCGAAACAAAUUCCCGCCCUCAGAAAGAUGAAGAUUUAGUAACAUCCUGGAUGACCGAAUCGGAGCCAUCGAAUAAAACACAGAAUGGUAACAACCAGCAAAAGCCAAAAGCUGACUGGAAAGCGUCCAAGGCCGCACCUCCACUAGUCUAUGACUCGGACAGUUCAAUUGAUCCAGACACCAUGGUUCCGGAAUGGUUAGAGCUGCAAACCCGACUCUACGCCCUUAAUCCGGAUCUGUUUGAUCGUCCAGUAAAGGGCAAAAAAGGCCGUGGAGUAGUCACUGUCCAAACUGAUGCCAAUGAUCUGGAGAUCGCCAAGCUGCAACACAAAAUUUCAAAGAUUGAACGCGAUGUCAUUUUCGAGCGUCAAGAAGCGGAAUUUCUUUGGCAGGAAAAGCUUAUCGAUCUGAGAAAAGACGCAAAUUUUCUGCGACGGAAUGCGCUACCAAAGAAAGAAAUUAAACCCGUGCCAGAUCCAGAGGUUGAUAAUCCAGAAUGGACAGUUCCAUCAGUAGGAGAAAUGGACGACCUUCUUGGUGACAUGUUCAACAGUGAGGCGGACAACUACAAAUCUCUUCCAACCUCUGCACCGGAGGCUAAAUACACAAUUCGUGAUUUUGGAAAAUGGACAGGUCUGACUCCACGGAGAGUGCUGGAAGAGGCCUGCAAGGCAAGAGACUCCGGAUCCAAGGUUGUCUACAAAGACAUAUCCUCCUCGAGUCACCAAAACAGGAAGGCUGUUGAGGUGCGCUGGUCCAAGCAUCAGGAUCCCCCUCUCCAGCUUGUGGUGCAAGACAUCACCCACAAGUCUAAUGCUCUAGCCACUUUCGUUUCGAUGGAUACACUCGCGACGCCAAAUCCCCAGCAGGCUGAGGGAUACGUGUCGACUCUUGCUUUAGUCAUUCUAUUUCCCCAGAAUUCUAAGGAAGGUAAAGCCUAUCUGCGACUGCCUCCUGUGUGGAGAGAUCUGUGGACAGAGCUUUCAAAUUUGAAGAAGGCCCAGGAAGACGAGGUGGACAUUGCCACCUCCAAGGAACUGAAGCGUCUGGUACAAGAAAACCAAGGCAGUCUUGAGGAUGACAUUGUCCUGUCUGAUAACUUCAGGAAGAGAAACGGAGUUAGCAAGCCAGGAAGUCCCUCUAAAGGACCUACUCGUGAUCAGCCCGCUGAGUAUGAUGAACGGCUGAGAGAAGCUUGGAUAGAGAAGGCAUCAACUCCAUCUUACCAGCGCAUGAUGGAAGGCAGAAUGAGCCUCCCAAUCUGGAAUUUCAAGGACGACAUUCUGUCUACCCUGGAUACCCAUCGCGCCGUGAUCAUUUGCAGUGAAACGGGUAGUGGAAAGAGUACACAGAUUCCAUCCUACAUCCUCGAGCACGAGAUGCUUCAUGGCCGGCCUUGUAAAGUCUAUGUGACGGAGCCGCGUCGAAUCUCAGCCAUCUCGCUGGCUCGACGAGUCAGCGAAGAGAUGGGUGAGAACAAAAACGAUGUAGGAACCGUACGUUCUCUUGUCGGUUUUGCCGUUCGGCUGGAAAGCAAAACCAGCUUGUCGACCCGACUUUUCUAUGCAACCACCGGUGUGGUAGUUCGCAUGCUGGAGCGGCCUGAUGACUUCCAGGACAUCACCCACGUUGUCCUGGACGAGGUCCACGAGCGGACCAUUGAUAGCGAUUUCCUGCUAGUUGUGCUUCGACGUUUGAUGCAAAAGCGUCCCGACCUGAAACUCAUCCUGAUGUCGGCAACUCUUGAUGCACAGCGCUUUUCCAAUUAUCUCGACGGGGUACCGAUCUUGAACAUCCCUGGCCGGACGUUCCCUGUUGAGAUGAAGUACCUGGAAGAUGCCGUAGAGAUGACGAAUUAUCGGUUGUCAGAAGACAAUUCAUACUCCGUGCGGGAACGGGAAAAUGACGACGAGACCGAUGAUGCUCCCGAAGACACUGUUGGACUUCAGGCUAGUCUUAAGGGGUACUCCAAGCAGACUCGUGAGACCAUUGCCAAGUUGGACGAAUACCGAAUGGAUUACCAGCUUAUCAAAAGGCUGCUUCUUAAAAUUGCUACCGCUCCAGAGAUGGAACACUACAGCAAAGCCAUCCUUGUCUUCAUGCCUGGUCUGGCGGAAAUCCGUCGUCUGAAUGACGAGCUUCUUGCAGAGCCCACGUUCCAAAGGGACUGGAUCGUCCAUGCCCUUCACUCUUCGAUUGCGAGUGAAGACCAAGAGAGGGCAUUCAACGUACCUCCUGAAGGCGUGAGAAAGAUCGUUAUUGCCACAAACAUCGCAGAGACAGGUAUCACGAUUCCAGAUAUCACCGCUGUCAUUGAUACAGGAAAGGAGAAGACGAUGCGGUUCGAUGAAAGACGACAGCUUUCUCGACUGGUCGAGUCAUUCAUAUCUCGAGCAAACGCUAAGCAGAGACGUGGUCGAGCCGGUCGAGUACAGAAUGGAAUUUGCUUCCAUCUUUUCACCAAGCAUCGACAUGACAGCCUGCUCGCCGAGCAGCAGACGCCUGAAAUCCUUCGACUCUCUCUCCAGGACUUAGUCCUCAGAGUCAAAAUCUGCAAACUAGGCGAGGUAGAACCAACACUCCUCGAAGCACUAGACCCGCCAUCGUCUAAGAACAUUCGGCGCGCCAUUGACGCUUUGAAGGAAGUGAAAGCACUCACAAGCAAUGAGAGCAUGACACCUCUGGGAAUGCAGCUAGCGAAAUUGCCUCUGGAUGUCUUCCUAGGCAAACUGAUUAUUCACGGCGCCUUCUUCAAAUGCUUAGACGCGGCCGUUAGCAUCGCUGCAAUCCUUUCGUCAAAGUCCCCUUUCGUCAGCGCCAUGGGCUCCAACUCACAGCGUGAUGCUGCCCGAAACUCCUUUCAAAGAGGUGACUCCGAUCUACUGACGGUCUAUAAUGCAUACUGCGGCUGGAAGCGCGCACGAACAACCCCAGGAACGAACGAGUUCAACUUCUGCCGCAAAAACUGCCUAAGCAUCCAAUCCCUAACAAGCAUCGAAGACGUAAAAAUUCAGCUAAUCGUCUCAAUCGCCGAUGCAGGCUUAAUAAGCCUAGACCCAGCUCAAAAGUCAGCACUGAACCGUGCACGCUCUGGCGGUCGAAACCGACAGUUCUUCGUAAUCCCAGAAGAACACGAUCUAAACAGCGCAAACGACAUCGUCGUCAACUCGGUCGUCUCUUGGAGCUUCUACCCUAAACUCAUCACGCGCGAUGGAAAGGGAUGGCGCAAUGUCGCUAACAAUCAAUCUGUUACGCUGCAUCCUACUUCAGUCAAUAAGCGUGCUGACUGGGCAGUUAAGUGGCUGUCAUAUUAUCAUAUCAUGGUUGCGAGGAAUAGGCUCUUGAACGCUCAUGAGACGAGUGCUGCGGAUGAUUUUGCCAUUGCUUUACUUUGCGGUGAUGCUGAAUUCAAGAUGUACUCCGGCGUCGUUUCAAUAGAUGCAAACAGAAUUCGCUUCGCAGUCCGAGACUGGAAAUCAAUGCUUGCACUCAAAGUCCUCAACACGCGUCUUCGUGAUCUGCUUGCGUCUACAUUCCGGAACCCGCAACGCCCGCUUUCCUAUAAGCAGCGGCAAUGGCUCGAAAUUUGGCAGUUGAUUUUCACUCAGGCUGGUAAGCGGAAUGGAAGCUAG